AGGUGAUAUACCAACGUACAGAUUCAUGAUACGCCAUAUCGUGCACAAAACUGGUGCUAUAGUAUUUGCACCCGACUACACGCUGGCUCCUGCAAGUCAAUUUCCGCAGCCUUUAGAGGAGGUUGAGUGCGUGAUGAAGUGGAUACAUGCCAAAUCGGCUGACUUGAACAUUAACAGAAACCGCCUAAGUGUCAUGGGAGAUAGUGCUGGCGGGAAUCUAGCGGCAGCUGUAACUCUGAAACUGUACUCAGACAAGAAAAAUAAGAUAUCCAUCAAACAACAGGUACUGCUGUACCCCUGUGUGGACGCUUCGUACGUGUUCUCGCAAUCGGCGCGCAAGUACGGCGACGCGGCAGUAGGUCUUCCACGGAAUGUGAUGGUGUACUUUUGGAGCCGUUAUCUGGGUACGAAUCCUAUCUCCACGUUGGAUGACAAGUUGUUUGCCCCGCUAAAGGCCCCCAAGGAAGAGAUGAAAGACCUGCCUCCGGCCUUUGUCUUGGUCGCAGAGCACGAUAUUCUCCGAUCAGAAGGUGAAGCGUACGCGGCUAAGUUAACGGAGUCAGGCGUGCCAACUGAGCUCUCCGUCGCUACUGGCCAGUACCAUGGUUUUGGAAUAGCUGCGACUCAUGAUGAAGCACCUGAAUCGAUCAUCUUGCAGGAGAUGUUAAAUUACGUGAAAAACAAACUCUAGGUGGGCUUAGAUGAUUGAUAUAUAUGUAUAUGCAAUUGUAUACAAAAAGCAGUACACAGUGGAUGUACGGUGUACACUUUUAUGUACCAGUAUAUAUAGAACGAGGUUACUGUAAUUUAUGAUGAUGUACCUGAAGCAAAGUUUAUGCAGCAUCCGAGACCUAUGUCGUGAACUCAUUACAAUUGGAACAUGUUUAUUUGUGGUAUAAUAAGGAAAUAAAAGUUAUGAAACACCAAAC